AGACCACCUCUUAACAUGCAGGGCUGGGGAAGUGAAAAAGUAUUCCAAUAGUCAACGGGCGUGGCGCCUUGUUGCUAGUAGAAGGGCAUGCGAGCUGAACGCUUGCUUGAUUAUUGCCCAUCAAGCCUUGAGCGUCGGGCUCUCGCCGACACGAACAUGCAAGAAGCCGCAUGGAGUAAUACAUUGCGGUGGAAUUGCGACAGUAAAACUGCAUGUUCAAUAACCACAAAAUCCGGCGACGAGGCGUGUGCGGAGAGUCGCUGGUGCUUAUCUGGCCGUGGCUCGCGUUGGGCGUAUUACGUCUUCUCCCCUGUCAAUGUCGCAAGGUCGCCGUCAACGCCCCUCUGGAUUUCGGCACAGAUAGCCGGCGCUACUUUGACCGACGGACAGUCUCCGACCAAGAACCACGAAGGCCUUUCGAAAAAGCUGGAUUCUGUACAAUACACAUCUAAGGAAUAGCCCUCGAACCCUUUACGGAUAGCAUGCAACGUCGUGAAUCGUAGUCAACCCCCUCAGUCCGAGGUCGUCGGGAUGCUCCACCAGCACACCACACCACGCGAAGCACGUCUUCGCCUCUUAAUUUGAUAUCAUCAUGAAGGAUUCGCGGGUCUUUGCCGCAGGUAUUUCUUGUUGGUUCAUAUAAGUACACCAGCAAAAGGUUGUCGAGUUUUCUCGACGCCAAGUGGAAUCCUCUUGCGUAGACCCUGCUCCUAAAAGACUUGAGUUUUUGUAGCUUAUCGUUGGACUGCAACAGAACCAAAAUGGGCGUUCCAGAGCAAAACCCAAUACCAAUUGCGGCUGAAUUGCCUCCGGCCCAGCAAAAAGACGACGGCUCCGGAUCUGAAAGUGUUAUUACACCGGCCGCGAGCAAUCGAAAGGAUGAUAUUGAUCCCAAAGACGAGAGGGCUUUCCUUUGGCGCCUGGAUCUGUUCUUCUUGACAAUUGGUUUCUUGGGUUACAUGUUUAAAUACAUUGACCAGACAAAUAUCAGCAAUGCAUACGUCUCAGGGAUGAAAGAAGACAUCAACCUCUUGGGGAACGAGCUUAACUACUUUACGACAUUCUUCAACAUCGGGUACAUGAUCAUGCUGUAUCCUUCAUGCAUCAUCAUCUCCCACUUUGGCCCCUCGAAAUGGCUGCCAGCAUGCGAACUCAUCUGGGGUAUCCUCACAUGCUGCCUGUCACUUGUCACCAGCGCGAAGCAGGUUUACGGCCUUCGUUUCCUCAUUGGCUUCUUUGAGGGCACUGCUUGGCCCGGUUACUUUACCCUCAUCAGCCAGUGGUACAUGCCCCACGAGGUCGCCCUACGCAUGAGUCUCUACAACAUUGCUCAGCCAGCUGGGGCGAUGCUUUCGGGCGCGAUGCAAGGGGCGCUUUCAACAAACUUUGAGGGUCUGCAUGGACGUUCUGGCUGGCGCUGGGCGUUCAUAAUCAAUGGUGUUUGUACCAUAGCCGUAGCUCUCGCUGCGUUUUUCAUUCUCCCCGGCUACCCCGAACGCCCGAAUCCCCUUGCAAAGUUCUACUUAAAGCAAAAGCACAUUGAUAUUGCCCUUGCCCGUGCUCGCAGGGUCGGCCGCAAGCCUCAGAUUGGCAUCACGAUCAAAUCUUUCGUUCGAUGUUUCAGCUUCUGGCAACUAUGGGCCUUCGCUAUCGCGUGGCCCAUCGGCGGCAACUUUACGCCAGCCAGUUACUUCAACUUAUGGCUCAAGUCUUUGAAGAACGCAGAUGGAUCGGUCAAAUACUCUGUUGCCAUGCUCAACUACUUGCCCAUCAUCGGCCAAGCCGUCCAACUCGUGGCAGAGCUGCUCUUCAGUGGUCUCAGUGACUACUUUGGUGUUCGACUGCCAUUCUUACUUCUGCAUUCAGUAAUCAUCUUGGAUCUUCAGACUUCAUCUUGCUUGGCUAAUAUCACGCAGGUCAUCAACAUCACUUCACAGAUCAUCCUCAUCAUACGACCCAGUAACCAACAAGCCUAUAUGGCUGGCUGUGUCUCCACGAUGCUUCUCUGCUCAUGGGCGUCCGCCCACCUCCAAGGCGAGCCCGAGGUGCGUACCGUCCUCUUCGCCAGCGGAACCGUCCUCGCCUACAUCAUGAGCGCCUUCAUCCCCAUUGUCGCGUUCCCGGCAUCCGAGGCCCCGCACUGGCGUAUCGGCGCGAAGCUCUACCUCGCCUUUGCCUUGGUUUCGGCUGUCAUUUUCGUUGGGAUUCACUUUGCUUUCAAGUGGGAGGAGAAAAAGAAGGCGAAGGAGGCGGUCAAGGAAGGUUCGACUGGCGAGCCUGAUAAUGCGCAUUCGGGUGUCAAGUCUGUAGAUAGUGGGGAGAUUUCUAGCACUGUUGCUGGUGAAGAGGCUUUGGGAAAGUUUCAAGACAAGCCCUGA